AUGAGUUCUGAGCGAGCACCACUACUUGAGAAUGGGUUAGUUUCGUGUUGUGUGUUUGUCUCUCUCUCUCUCUUUCCCUUCCCUGUUUUUCCGGCGUGUGACGUACGGACGUACGUACUUUAGCUUGAUUUCUCAGAAUUUACACUUUUAGAUUAACAACAAUCUAUAACACUGAUGAAGGCAGGAAGACGACAGUAACCUAUGAUAACUUCCAUUGUCAUGACGAAGCGGAUUCAACAGAUUCUUCCAGUGAUAGCAAUAAAAGAGGUUUGAGAGAAUGACAUCGGAAACGAGAAAAUGUAUGUUUCAGCAACACGGAUUUUAUGGCUCACUGUGAUACUAUGCCUCUUUUUUAUGGUUUGCGAAGUUAUCGGCGGUGUUCUUGCGGGCUCACUUGCAAUUGUCACGGAUGCCGCACAUUUGCUCACCGAUUUCGCUUCGGUGCUUAUCUCUCUGUUCUCGUUGUACAUUGCCAGAAGGCCACCAUCUCAAACAAUGAGCUUCGGGUUUCACAGAGCUGGUAAACUGCCUAUCGCAAACGUUCAAAUGGGUGACUCUUGACUUCCAGAGGUUUUGGGAGCAUUCUUCUCGGUAUUCCUCAUUUGGAUUGUCACCGGAGUGCUUGUUGUGUUAGCCAUUAUGCGAAUAAUAAGUGGAGACUAUGAAGUGGAGGGAGGAAUCAUGGCAAUAACUGCUGGUCUCGGUGUUAUUGUGAAUCUUGUGUUGGUUCAACAAGAUGAUUUUUGCGACAACAAAUAUUUUAUUUCAGAAUGCUUGCUCUGCUGUACUUCGGUGGUCAUUCUCAUUCGCAUGGCGGAGGGAGCUCCCACUCUCAUGGUCACUCUCAUGCCGGAGGAAACGGCGACAAUAUCAAUGUGAGAGCAGCGUUCAUCCACGUGCUCGGAGAUCUUCUUCAAAGUUUAGGCGUUCUUGUAGCCGCCCUUCUCAUUUACUUCCAGGUACAUAUGUUCCUUUAUUCUCUAUUUCUUAUCAUUUCUGGUUUUCAGCCGGCAUGGGUGAUUAUUGAUCCGAUUUGCACGCUGCUCUUCUCGGUGAUUGUUUUGUGUACGACUAUCUACAUUCUACGCGAUGCUAUGAUUGUGCUUCUUGAAGGUCAGUUUUUCUUCAAUUACGUCAUGCCUGAGUGAAAACAAAACAAAAAUUUGCAGGUAGACCGAGCACAAUAGACUUUUCCAAAGUAUUUACCUCACUCGAAGACAUCGAAGGUGUCCGAAAAGUGCAUGACUUGAGAAUAUGGAGUUUGACAAUGGAUAAGGUACUAGUUCCGAAAUUGAAAAAGGAUUAUGCGCGUCUUAUGUGUAAUUGUUUUCCAGAUCGCGCUCUCCGUCCAUCUGGAGAUUGACUCCGAAACCCAAUCCCAAAGCAUUUUGCGAGAAACACGUAAGAUGCUGAAGCAAACGUAUAAUGUUCACGAGAUCACAAUUCAAAUCGAGGAGUUUGGAGCGAAUCGAACAGAUUGUGACAAGUGUGAUGUUCCGUCAAAGUGA